AUGCCGCGCGAGGUGGCGUAUCAGAUCGUGGCGGACAUGCUGGAGAUGGACGGCAAGCCACGCCUCAACCUGGCGUCGUUCGUGACGACGUGGAUGGAGCCCGACGCCGAGCGCCUCAUGACCGCCUCGCUCAACAAGAAUGCUAUUGAUCUCGCCGAGUACCCCGCCUGCGCGCACAUCCAGGAGCUGUGUUUGAACAUGCUGGCGAGGCUGUAUCACGCGCCGCUGACCGAGGGGCAGACGGCCGUGGGCACGGCCACCAUCGGCAGCAGCGAGGCCAUCAUGCUCGCAGGCCUGGCAAUGAAGCGGCGGUGGGCAAAGUUUCGCAAAGACAAGGGCCUCACAACCGACAGCCCCAACCUGGUGGUGGGUGCCAACACACAUGUGGUAGUCGAAAAAUUCGCCAAUUACUUUGACGUGGACCUGCGCAUGGUGCCCGUCACACCCGAGUGCCCCUGCCUGCGGGUGGACGAGGCGGUGAAGCUGUGCGACGAGAGGACCAUUGGCGUGGUGCCCAUUCUGGGGAGCACCUACACGGGGCACUUUGAGGAUGUCAAGGGGCUGGACGAGGGGCUCCGGGCUCUGGAUUUGCCACACGGCUGGCAGGUUCCCAUCCACGUGGACGCAGCGAGCGGCGGCUUCGUGGCCCCGUUCCUCUACCCCUCCCUGGCCUGGGACUUCCGCCUGCCCUCCGUCCUGUCCAUCAGUGCGAGCGGGCACAAGUACGGGCUCACGUACCCGGGCAUCGCGUGGCUGCUGUUCAGAAAUGAGCGCUGCCUGCCGCAGGAGCUGAUUUACCACGUGGACUACCUGGGCGAGGACCAGCCCACCUUCACGCUCAACUUCUCGCGAGGAGCGGCGCAGAUAGUCGGGCAGUACUACCAGUUCCUUCGCCUCGGCUUCAAGGGAUACCGGCGGGUGAUGGAGAACUGUGCCGAGGUGGCGGAUUCUCUGCGGGAGCAGCUGGAGGCAACGGGCAUGUUCCACAUUGUAUCCGAUGCCAACAUGGGCAUCCCCCUCGUCGCCUUCCGCUUCAAACCAAGCUCCCCAUACGCACAUCUGUCGGAGAGAGAGCUGACUGACGACCUGAGGAGGCACGGGUGGAUCCUGCCUUCCUACCAGAUGCCGCCUAACAUGCAUGUGCGCUGUGGGGCAGGGGGGGGGGGGAAAUGGGGAUGGUAG